AUGUCUCAUGAGUUAUAUGAGUGGGUUAUCAAUCAAGGUGAUGUGGAUAGGUGGCCAUUAAGCAAGUUCCCAUAUAGAAGGUGGGACAACAUAACAACUAAUUUAGCUGAAUCUUUUAAUGCUUGGAUGGUAAGGGAGAGGAAGCAUAACGUGGCCCAAAUGAUCCAUGAGCACCGGGAGAAAGUAGCAAGAAAGAUGCAUGCAUCAUAUGCAGCAAUGACUAAGUGGAGUAAUUGCGUUGGGCCAAAAAUAGAGGCAAAAGUAUUGGAGCAUGUGUAUUUCGGUAGGUACAUGCACUGUGAGAAUUAUGGAGGGGGAAGAAUAUGCAUGCACACAUCACGUGGAGACCAAAGAGUGGACCUUGGCCUACACAAAUGUAGCUGUGGAACUUGGCAAAUGUUAGGGAUUCCAUGCUCACAUGCUUAUGCAGCCAUUAAGAUCAUAGGGGGAAACGUUUAUGAUUAUGUUGAAGAGUGUUACAAACGUUCAUCCCAAGAAAAAAUCUAUGCCCGGAGCAUGGUUCCAGUAGUGACAAUUGAUAUGCCUCACCUGAAUGACUAUACGUUUGAGAAUCUUACUGCUCAACCCUUGCUUUUACCUCCAGUCACUGCUAGGCCUUCUGGAAGACCAAGAAGAAAUAGAAAGGAAUCAAAAUUCCACAACAAAAAAAUAUAUCAUUGCACUAGAUGUCUUCAUCCUGGACAUACAAAGAGGACAUGCAAAAAUCCUAACCCAAGUUGA